GGUGGUUAUGAAUCAAAACCUUUAAUUGAAAAGGCAAAAUGGAUAAUACACAAAACUCGUAACUCGUUUUAAGGUACAACAAAACAUGGCCGCUAAUCGGAGGGAUAAUAUUCCUUAUUUUUUUUUAUUUGAUUGAAAUAACUUACUUAAUUCAGAUUAGGUGAAACCAGGUUCUCUUUUUUUGAUGUUUUCAGGUUCAAGUGUUAAGUGUACUGGAACCAAACAGAGAAUAAGUUGUUGGCCCAUUUAUGUAUUUGGAACAAUGCAUAUGCCCAAGUUACCGAUAAAAAUCAUCAUACCCACAUGAUCUGUACAUUGAUAAACUUAAUUAUUAUUCAAAGCACAAGUAAAAUGUUAUCAGAUCUUCAGAAUACGGGAUCAAUUGAAAGGUUUCAGUAUAAAUACACCUAAAAAUUGUAUUCGACAUCAUUCCAAUUUGCGAUCUUUACAAAGUUCCCGCUAAAAUUGACGUUUCGAAAAUGAACUCAAAAUUGGCAACGGUAUUAAUGGCAUACUGCCUGAUCCACUUUUUUAGUGGAUCUGAAAGUUCCUUUAUUAAGCCUAAUAAUGUUCCAAGGGUUGGAAGAAGUAAUGAAGAAAUCGGCCCAUUUGGGCAGGGAAGCAUGGGCUAUGUUAUUAAGACAAGUAAGAACAUACCUCGCAUGGGUAGAAGGAACUACGACUCGGAGAACCGUUACGAUAUCCCGAAGUUUUAUCAGCUGCCAAAUGAAAAUUUCCAAGUUUAUGAAGAUGACCAGCAGGAAUAUCAGGCCCCAAUCGAGGCUUACUUCCCCAAACGCUUAGAAAACAUGAAACGAUAAAACAUGGCUGGCCAUAAAUAUAUGUACUAACGCAACAUAAUUUACUUACAUGGACAAUUGAUUUUAAUUAAUUUAGUUGAAUAAAUCUACAGCAUGCAUGCA